AUGUUCCUCUCACCAUCUCGGUUCAUAUCUGUUGAAAGCUUGGUGCUUCGUAAGUCCGCAGGUGCUGCCCUCCCCCAACUUCACUCCGACCCCGCAAACUCCGCAAUGGCCGCAAUGUCCAAUGUCCAUUGUCCACUCAGAAUUGACUUUCUCAUGUCAAACUGUGCUGGUAUGCCUACAGCACCUGAGAGUCAAAACUUUAUUCGAUCGGACUCAAAAUCGACAGAGUCACCGACACCGAGGGUUUGA